CCUGUUUCUCGUAGUCUACCUGCUUCUACAUUGGGGCAUAAUGUGCACGAAUCUCGAGGCCUGGCGUCACGUGUCUACCGUGGUGAGUUUCACUGGGUGUUACUCCGAUCGGAACAGGGUGCGCGAUAUCGCAUCUUCGAACGCGAUACCGAUUGCGCGAGGAUAAAGUUGGCAUGGGGUGAAUACGUCGAGAUAGUGAAGAUGUGCGAGUCGAGUCAGUGCCAAGUGAAUCUUGCGCCCGCCGCGCCGGAUUCGACGAAAGGGGAUGAAAGAGCAAAGCGGACGCACGCGUACUCUGGCCGUAGCGCAGCCUCCGGAACGGAGCAAGCAUGCCGAUCACCCCGAUCCGCAGCAAAUUUUGCAGCCAGCACCGAGAUGGUACAGCGAUGGGAAUUCUCUGCGAACCAUUGUGCACAGAAAAAGGGAUAAAUUCGCUAGCAUGCGAGACACUUCACGCGGGCAAAGAAGCUGUUUUCUCUGCGCAUUGGGAAGCGACACGACUUGUAUUCAAGGCUUCGAGGACUAAAAUCCCCUCGGAGCAAUUCGAGUCGCUCUAUUGGGUGGAUGCGACCGGAUUGCAACACUUCCCAUCUGAGGAGGAUUUUAUCAUCAUGAUCAAAGAUUUAGCUAUCAAUAAACUCAAUGUGACUCUCACGCGACAUCAGCUAGAAAGACUCGCCCGGUUGCGCACCCAUCGAGUCGAGACCGAUGCCACGAGACGUCGGUUGGAGAUGGAGAAUCUUUGGCCGUUGCUGCAAGAGAAUGAAUAUUUAAUGGCGAUUUUGUACGAAGACAGGGAUGUGUUUCCGCAGCCGAUCGGCACGUGCGGCACAUUCUACGCGGUCGAGUACGUCCGACCGAUCGAAACACCCACGACGGUGUUAGCGUUGUCCGAUUCGAAACCCGAAUGGGCCAAAAGAUUAAAACUCGCUGUGAUGAUUCUUAAUCUACUCGAAGAAUUGGAGACGAACUUUCCCGAGCCACUUUAUCUCUGUGAUGUAAAAAUUAAUCAUUUCGGUUUACCCUUAGGCGGGCAAAAACUGAAAUUCUUAGAUCUGGACGCAGUCUUCCCUAAGACCAUUAUCGAUCGUAUUAUCAGUGAUGGUAAGAGCUGUGAGAAGCAUGAGGACUGUGAUUAUUUCGAUUGUCGGUCUAUCUGCUCGAAGGAAAAACGCUGCGAAUCUCCGGUCCUUAAUAAUAAUUUACAGAUUAUUUGUGAGAAGAUUUUUCUCGGUUGGACGCUAUCAGGGACGAUAAUAAUUCCUGGAUUGCUCAUGUCGGAGCAUACUACUAGCACAUUGGCAGUGUUAUUGAGACAAUGCUCUAAUCCAGACGGCGGCACGACACAUUUAUCACGUGCGGCAGCGCCAGACAACCUACAGAAACGACUUUACAACAUGUUAAGUGAGAUGGAACAAGAAUACUCGACAUUUACGUGAAAACAAAAUAAGUAAUAUUAUAAUAAUAAAAAAAUAAUUUAUCUAAAAUUACGAAAUCGAGUGUCGCCUUUUCGAUGCUGAUGAUAAAAACUCUAUAAAUUACAAUCAGAAAUACAGGAAUAUUUCUCUCAUAUUAUAAAGAUUUUUUAUAAAGAUCGAAAUCGUAAAAAUGACUAUUUAUAUUUCAAGUUAGAAAUCAGUACGUACCUACGUACCUACAUGCAAUUGCACACUUUUAUGUUACAUAUUAGUAUUGUAUACAGGAUGUCCCAUAACUCUUAAUCUGGAGACGCGGUAGCGUCUCUCGUAAAGUAUAUUUUUGAAGUUUAGUACAUUAAAAUCUUUUUUAUAUUAUUAUGAAAGGGACACUCUACCAUUAAAGAAACGCUAAAGCAUAUCCUUUGCAAAAAGGAGGACGCUUAUAUAAUAAAAAUUAUUGUUUUGUUUAAAUAAAUUGAGAUUAUAAAAAAUGCAUAUAUUGAGGAAGAAUAUAGAUUUUUACAAUUAAAAUGAGAUAACAACCAUGUCCGUAAGGCCGGAAUUAGACUACACAUUGAAGAUUGAGAUUGAAGAUU